AUGAAAUUAGUUAUCCCUAAUAUGAUUUGGCAUGGAGAAAAAGAAAGAAUUAUGGCAAUUGCUAUUCAUCCAUAAUAAAAUCUAUUACUUACAGGAGGUUCUGAUUCUAGGAUUGCAGAAAAAGAUAAUUUAAGUGAAGAUGUUGGAGUCAUUAAAAUGUGGACAAUUUUAGAAAAUUCUAGUAAAAUAGUUGAGUUUGUUGGAGCUAUUAAUUAUGGACAUGAAUAAACUGUUAAUUGUCUUAAAUUUUCACCUAAUGGUAAAAAUUUUGCAUCUGGUUCUGAUGAUUAUAAAAUUAUAAUUUGGAAUUAAUAGGUCAGAUAAACAUUUGGUUAAACUGAACCUAAAUUAUAAUGGUGGCCUUUAACAGUUUUAACUGGUCAUUGGAAAGAAAUCUAUGAUUUAUAAUGGUCAAAAAAUGGUGAAAUUUUAAUCUCUGGAGGUUUAGAUAAAUAGGUUAUUGUCUGGAAUAUUAAGAAAUAAAAACAAUUAUAAACUUUGGAUGGACAUACAUCAUAUGUUUAAGGAGUCACUAUUGAUCCAAGACUUAGAACUAUAGUCUCAUUAAGUUAAGAUAGAACUGCUAGAAUUUGGAGAAUAAUGAAAUCACAAAGAAAAAAUUUUAAUAAUCUAUAAUUUUAUUAAUAAUGGGUUUUAAGAAAAUUUGACUAAGUUUAAAAAACUGAUUCAUAAUAAUAAUCUAAUUUAUAAGAGUAAUAAUAAUAAUAAUAAUAAUAAUAAUAAUAAGAUGAAAAAAAAUAAAAUGGAAUCUUUUUAGGUGAAACUAGUUUAUUCACAUUUGUUAGAAGACCAGAUUGGAGUCCUGAUGGAUCAUUUUAUAUUUUACCUGCUGCUGAAUUUUGGGUUGAUAAUAAACCUAUUAUGGGAGCUUAUGGAUUCUUAAGAUAAUCUCCUCAUGUUCCUUGCUUCUUUUUACCUACUAAUACUCCUGCCUUAGUUAUACGAUUUUGUCAUAAAUAUUUUAAUAGAAAUCAAGAUAUUCAAUAACCUUUGAUAGAAUUACCAUAUAAAAUGAUUUUUGCAAUAGGAACAAUUGAUUCUUUAUUACUUUAUUCAACUGAUAGUCCUACUCCUAUUGCUAUCUUUGGAAAUCUUCAUUAUGCAUCUAUUACAGAUAUUUGUUUUAGAGGUAUAAAUUAUAAUUAUUAAACUAAGGUUCCAAUUUAAUUGCUAUAAGUUCUUGUGAUGGAUUUUGUUCUUUUGUUUAAAUUGAAGAAGGAUAUUUUGGAUCAGAAGUUCCUUUUGAAUGUAUUUAUAUUAUUAUAUAAAUAGAACUUCCUGAAUAUGUCAGAAGUUUAUACAAUAAUGAUAAAAUUGAGGAAGAAGAUCCUUCAAAAAAAAAUGAAGAAUCUAAAAAACAAGAUUUUGUUACCGAAUAACGAAUUGAGUUUAAAGAAACUUCAGAUGGAAAAAAGAAAAAAGUUAUUAUACCUAAAACUUUGAUAUUAGAUUAAUUGAAUUAGAAAUGA